AUGGCGGCACUCUUUGGCAAUAUUGGUGCCUUCGACGAAAAAUCAGAGAAAUUUAGUGAUUAUGCCGAUCGUUUCGAAGCCUACGUGGCGGCGAAUGACAUCGAUGACGAUAAAAAGGUGAAUGUUUUUCUAGCUGUUAUCGGUCCAGAUGCUUAUAAGCUAUUGAAGAAUUUAUGUGAUCCGGAGAAUCCGAAUACCAAGAUGUUUACCCGGUUGUUACAGCUGUUGCAAGGACACUUUGAACCGGCUCCUAUUGUGAUCGCGAAAAGACACAAGUUUUGGACGGCAUCCCAAGAAGAAUGCGAGAGCGUGUCAGAAUUCGUGGUGAGACUGAAGAAGUUGGCAUCAACAUGCAGCUUUGGUGCUUUUCUGUCUGAAGCCCUAAGAGAUAGACUUGUCUCUGGAUUACAUCCGAAAAUGUCCAGAACCCAACGUCAUCUCCUGUCAAUAAGAGAGUUAACCUACGCGGCAGCCCAUGAGAAAUGUAUUGCAGAUGAAUUGGCGGGUAAAGCGAAUAUAGAACACAUGCGAGAUUUAGCUAAUAGUGAAGCCGAGAAGGUUCAACAUGUCAAUUCUGGACGCAACGUGGAGCAGAACAGCAAAAGGGCAGACAAGUGCAAAUCAUGUGGAAAAUAUUACACCAGAUGUGUUUUAAAAGAAUCCAUCCUUAGAUUUUAA